AUUGGAACGUGUUUCGUCUUCUUCCUCUUCUCUUAAAAACAUUCAAACCUGUAGAAAAUCACAACACGACAGACAAUCACAAUGAGCGCAUUCCCAACAGCUUUCCGCAUUGCCCAGACAGUGGGCAUAUCUGGGUCCUUCUGGCUUUCUGGAAAUAUAUCCGCGCUCUCUCUCCUCACUGUGCCCGCACUCGUUGAAUCCAAACCAAGCUCCGGCGUACAAUCGACGACACUAGCCAAGCAAUGGAAGCUCCUGUAUAACAAGGGGAAGUCUCAAAACCCCCCAGUUGCUCUGGCCACAUCUGCCGCGUUUCUCUAUCUUGCUUGGGCUUUGCGAUCGGAAGGUCACUUCUCUCAUCUUGCAUCAAACAACACUGUGUUAUUUUACAGUUCUGCUGCCGCGUUGGUAUUGGGCAUCGUACCUCACACGAUUCUCGGAAUGACUUCGACGAACGACAAGCUUAUAGCGAGUGCGGACAACUCAUCAACUGCAAAGGACAGCGAAAUUGACCAGCUUCUGAACCGGUGGAAAGUGCUGAAUGGCAUUCGUGGUCUUUGGCCCCUUGCCGGUGGGCUCCUGGGACUUGCGGCGGUGUUUUGCUAAGAUGGGUUCGAAAUUUUUUUUUUUUUUGUUUUCCAAACAAACAUGAGAUCAGUUGAGGCCCCAUGUUUCUGUGUAUCAUUACGAAAAUGUACUCUAGUUCCAAUUCCAAUUUCAAUGCAGGUUUUGCUUUUCCUACAGAACGUGAUGCCACAUGGAUUGCCUAUCUGGGUUAGCGCAAUGGCAUCCCAGUCGAUCUGUCGAUCUGAAGUCAUCGUUGCUUUUUCCCUCCCGACCAA